AUGGCCCCGCCGCUCGGGCCCGCGGCCACCUGCGGAGAGCGGGCGGCCUUGAGGCGGCUGCGGCGGCGGCGGGGGCGCCGGGCCGGGGGCGCCGGGCCGCGGGGCGCCAGCCGCGCCUGCUCGCUCGCACCGCUCCCCGCGCUGGGCCCGGCAGAGGAAGCGCAGGCGGCUCGGCGUCGAGGCUCCGGGGGCCGGGCGCCGUCGGCCUGGGCAGCUCGGGCUCCGCGCGCGGCCGGCGAGGGCAGCGCAGGGUCUGGGCAUCGCCUUUUCUUCCCAAACCGCAAGCCUGACGGAGGGGCCUGGCCUACCCCGCCGCGGCCGCCGGAGGCGCUCCCGGCCCGGCUCCGUGGGGGGCAGCGCGGCCCCGCGGUCCCGGCAGCUCCAUUCCCCGCGGCCGGCCCGGCGCCGCCACCCCCGCCCCCGGGAGGCUGGAGGGGGCGGCGGGGGGGCGGCGCUGGCAGGAUUGGGGCUUUUCCGCGCCGGGACUCCGCCUGCUGCGCAGGGGCCGGGCCCGACGGGCUGGGGGCGCAGGGCGGGCGCGCUCACCUGAGCCGCCGGGGUCCCCCCUCACCCCGCUGCCCAGACCCAGAGAAGCCCGCGGGCGACCCGGACUCCGGCCCGCCCCCCCUCCCGCCCCGAUCCGGCCCGAGCCCCGCGCUCACCGCGGCCGGCCCCGCGGCCCCGGCUCCUCGGCGUCGCUCGCCCUGCGCCAGCCCGCUGGGACGCCGGCUCGGCUGCGCUCCCCCUCUGGCGCUGGCGCGGAGCCGCCCGGGACUUUUAUCCAGCGGGGCCCCCGGGAUCAAAGCGACGGCGGACACAGGGCCCCGCGCCGAGGGGCCGGCAGCAGCGGCGCCGGGGCCUCCAGGAGGAGCGGACAGGUGUGGCGCGGGCCCCGGCGCCCUUGGUGACCUGCGGGAGGCACCGGGCGUCCCCGGCACGGCGCCACGGGGGAGUCGCCCGAUCCCGCCACCUGGAUAG